AUGUUAUUCUUUUCAAAAACUGGAAUUCCCGACGCAUUUUUAGAAGAGAUCUGGGAAAGAGCAGACCAAGAACAGAAGGACUACAUUACAGAGAUGGAAUUUUACAUUGCUCUCAAGCUUAUUGCUUGUGCACAGAAUGGUUCUGAAGCAAAUGAUGAUAUUCUAUCUACUUUAGUGCCUGUACCUCAUUUCAAAGAUAUCACAGUUGGAUCGAAAUCCGCUGGAGAAAUUGCACCAAUCACUGCACAAGAGCGAGAUGCCUACAUAGGAAUCUUUCAUUCAUGCAACCCUAUUGAUGGUUUACUAUAUGGCGAACAGGCGAUUGAAAUAUUCAACAGAUCGGGCCUUCCUUCCGAGAAACUAGCUGACAUUUGGACACUUGCAGACACUCGAAAUUCAGGCACACUCAACAAGACGGAAUUCAUCAUUGCCAUGCAUUAUAUAUCUCGACUUAUGAAGGACCCGACCGUUGUAUUACCACCUAAAUUGCCAUCGCAAGUGUACGCCGAAGCUACAGGUCGAUUUGCUUCGUCUAUCCGUAGGCAUCACACUACUACCAUUGCAAGUAGGAGUCGAGCAAGUUCCAAUGCAUCCAUGGCAGGAUACACUUCGCCUGUUAUCAGUCAUAUGAUGUCAGGACCCACUGCUACUGCGAGUACAGUGAAUAGCACCAGUAUAGCAGGAGAUAUCGCACUGGCAGCGCAAGAAAAGGAGAAAUAUUCAGCUUACUUUCAACAAUUGGAUACGGAUGGCUCAGGGUUUAUUGAUGCAGAUGAGGCAGUCUAUUUCUUUAGUCACUCGCGAUUACCUAAUUCUGAAUUGGGCAGAAUUUGGGAGAUUGCAGACAGUCGACGUUUGGGUAAAUUGGAUUUGCAUGAUUUCUGUAUUGCGAUGCAUCUGAUCAAUAUGUGUAAGCGAGGUGAAAGUAUAGACAAGUAUGACCAUGCUCCAUUAACGCCUGACAUAUCAAAUCAAACCUUGCAGAGUCAAGCAAAUCUGAAUCAACGGUAUGAGUUGGAGAAUCAGCUUAUUGAAUUAAAGCAGCAAAUAAACCAUGAAGCCAAGAGAUUGUCCCAGUCUCAAGCUCAAUACAGACAGGAACAAGAAUGCAUUGAGCAACUCAAUAACGAAAUAGCUGCUCUCAAGUCAGAGUUGAGUGCUGCUAAACAAUCCGCAGAGGUCGCCGAGAGAUUGCUUAAUGUCGAACAAAAGAAAAACAGAGAGCUCACAGGAAUUUCAUCUCUUGAAUCAAGUUACUCAUCGGCGGAGCAAAGAUUCGACUCUCCUCUCACUUCAAAUUUACCUGAACUGACAAGAACGACAUCCAUCUUCUCUGGUAGUAGUAAUUCUGUCGUAUCUCCUCGCAGUGACUACACAACGACGUUGGACCCAUUUGCAGGCUUCAAAAGGAUGAACCAAGGAUUGAAUAAUCAAGCAAAACUUCCUCCAGUGUCUCCCACACAGAGCAAAGCCAUCGCUAAAUAUGGAUUUGAUAUCACUGUGUUUGAUGCGUUAUCCAUUGAAGACGAUACUAGUAACAAAGCUUCUCAGCCAAAUCAUUCCAUCAAAGAUGAUCUAGCUGCUCUGUUUGGAUCUCCCACAGUAUCAUCAACAACGACAACAGCAUCGGAUAACCAUCCAAACACCACGGCCACUACCUUUGAUAGCAUCUUUUUGUAA